AUGCACAAACUCAAGCGCGUCUUCGAGAAUUUCUUGGACAGCAUCCGUUAUGGCCGGUCAAAGGUCAACUUAUCCUCCGGCUCCACCUCACCCACCCUAGUCCCCACCGAUUUCGAGGAUCCUACCACGGCGCGUUCAACUUCCAUGUCAUGCAAGAAAAAGCUACGUCACACGCUGCGUAAGGCGCUCCGCACGCUCGGCCUGAAGCCGCCAAAGCACAAGCAUACAGCCUCGCGGCAGCCAACGCCCGAAACGCACCAGCCCAAGGACAAGUUUGGGGCUGUGGGCAAGAUCCGCGACGAGGAAGUGGUUGAGCUGGCUCUCGACGUUGCAUCCAAGGGCUCGCAAAUUCCCAAGAGCAUCCUCGCUGACGGGUCGCACGUCAGGGUGGUGAAGAGAGCGCAUGGCUUCAACAAUCUCGUCUUCAUUGUACAAUACUCGGAGAGCCUGAAGGUGUGCGUGCGUGUGCCGGCGUGCGCAUGGAAAGGCGCAUGGACGGAGCAGGACGCCGUGACGCUGCGCACCUCUGCCCUUAGCAUGCGCUACAUCAAGCGCCACACCAGCUGUCCCAUCCCGGAGGUCAUCACUUACGACACCACCUUCGACAACGCCAUUCACGCGCCGCACAUGAUUCUGCUGCACGUUGAAGGCCGCGCGGUAGAGGAGCUUUGGUUCGACGAAGACGGCCCCAUCCCGCUUGAGGAGAAACGCCAGAACAUUUUACGCUCGUUAGCCCAGGCAACGGCACAGCUACGCUCACUGACCUUCGACCAAAUGGGAGCUCUCCAGUUCACCACUGAUGAUGACGACAGCCCAACCAUCGGCCCGUCCAGCCUCAUGAGCUACGGGGCCAGCCGCACGCCCAGCUUUCUCGAGUUCGUCAAAGAAGCCGUGUCCCAUCCGGCGCGCCGCUCUGACAUGUUCCUCCGGGCCCGGCUUGAAGAGUGGAAGCAGAUGGUGUUCAAAGGCCGGCUGGGACAGACGGAGAGGAACGAGGUGUUGGGCACCUACCGGCUCUUCUCCAUGCUUCUAGAUGAGUUUCCGUUCCCCGUGGCCGGCGAGCCCGAGAAAUUCAUACUCGCGCCUCCGGACUUCGACAUCCAGAACAUCUUCGCCGACGAGCACGGAAACGUCACGGCCAUCAUCGACUGGGAUCGGGUCGACAGCCGGCCCCGCUACAUGGGAUGGUGCAGCCCGCCAUACUUCUUGACCAUGGACUGGGACAGCGAGCGCAACUACGCCUGGCCGCACGUGCAGGCGUGUGAGAUGCCACCGGUGGAUUACGACAGGUUUCGCGCCGACUAUGCCCGCUACAUGAGCGAGGCCUGCGGCGGAGAGGGAGAUUGCAAGUACACUGCCAAGGCCCAUCUCUUUGACCGCAUCGUCGAGGCUCUCGGCCGGACCGCCGUGAUGGACGGGCUGCUCGAGAAGAUCGUGGCCCAUGUUCUCCCGCGCGUCCAUGCUGGAAUGGUGAGGCAGUGCGUCGGAGCGGGGGCUCUCGCGCCGGAGAGCGAGGAAAUCAUCAGGGCAGGUCUGCGUCGGCUGCUUGAGUGUUAG